AUGACACCAGGGCCAACUACACCCAUUCUCCACCAGCCGGGCCAGGCUACAAGCUCAAGUAGUCUGGCGACGCCACGGAGCAGCACCGAGCAAUCACGCCGACGUCAAAGCAUAACGAUCGAAGAGCCAGAACGGCCUCGAACGGCGACGAGUCAUUCUUCGCUCACGUCCAGCUCGAACACUGCAUCGUCAGUGUCUCCCUCUCGAUCGGGCAUUGUUGGCGAUGGAGCGUACGGCGGGCGACGAGGUGGACCGUCGUUGAACAAGAGCCGAACCUCGAGCUCUGGCGGAUUGAGCGAUGUCAAGGCGGGAUACGAGCGCAGAGUAGGCUUCGACACCAUGCCCGAUGCGGAUGAGACCAAUUCGGGUGCUUUCAGCUUCACGCUUCAGGUCAAGUCCCGCGGAUUUAUGCGCACCAAGAACACGCGCACGUUUAUGGUGGCUGUCGACGACAAUCCUUACUCGGAACGAGCGCUCGAGUGGCUCAUGGAGAACCUCGUUGAGGAUGGAGACGAGGUGGUCGCCGUACGAAUUUUAGAUGAGGAAGCGGACCAAAUCGACCAGGACGAAGCACGCGAAGAGGCGCGCGAACUCAUGGCGUCGAUUGUCGAGCUCAACGAGGAAGCGGAAGACCGCAAGAUCUCGAUUGUGGUCGAAUUCGUGGCUGGCAAAGUUGUCUCCACCAUCUUGGCCAUCAUCCACGUCUAUCGUCCGGACAGCUUGACGGUCGGGACGCGCGGCAAGUCGGCCAACAAGUUUCAGAAGAUGCUCGGACAGCAUAUCAUGGGCCAUGUCAGUCGGGACAUCUUGACGUCUUCGCCCGUGCCUGUCGUUGUGGUGCGUCCGGAAGCGAAAGUGCAAAAGCAUCUUAAGAAGCGGCUCAACGAUCCUAAGCGCAGAGGCUAUCAUAAUCUGGUCAAGGGCGUCGGCGAUCUCCCUAUGAGCAUCACCAGAAACAAGCGUCGCUCGCUGCAAGUUCCCACGUAG